GAAGUGGAGAGUGAUAUUUACGCACAUCAUUUUUAUUCGAUUCUUAGUUAUAGUGUUAUACACAACGUUGAAAUUUGUACAAUAUUCGAAGUAAAAAAUAAAUUCAUUUUAUUUUUGGUAACAGUAUACUUUUUCAAAACUAAACUAAAAUGGCCGAACAGUCGCCGAAUUCGAAACUCUUGAACGAGCCAGAAUCCAAAGAAGCUGAAGUCAAGAAAGCUGAAGACGACAGAGCUAAAGACGACAAAGCUAAAGACGACAAAGCUGAAGACGACAAAGCGGAAGACGACAAAGCUGAAGUCGAAAAGGUGGAACCAACUCCAGAGCCUGACAGUACCUCUAAGGCAGAAGGGAUGGAAUCGCUACCUUCAUCUGCAAAUGCAGUGGGGUCAGGUUCCUUGGCUGGCGAUUGGGAGAUGCGAAUGCAAAAUGUCCUGCAGAGAGUGCAAGCAUUUUCCGGUCAACAUAGCAAAGAAAUCGAUGACAUCAUUGAGAUUCUAUUGCCAGAUAUGCUCUCCGAUUUGAAGGAGUACAAUGCAAUUUAUGAGGAGGUGCGUAAAAUUGAUGCAACCAUGAAAUCGAAUCUUAGCAAUGCAGCUGCCAUCGAUCCAGACAUUGGAAAUAUAUAUCUUGAUCUGCAUGAAAAAUUUCGUAAAUGGGAACGCAUUGAUUCGGUCAAGAUGGAGUCUUCUAUGCGGGAAAUACUUAAAAAAAAAGCACGCGAAUCUGAGAAGUUGCAAGAGCGUAAUCGUCACUAUGUUGUGAUCCGUCUCCGGAGGUCGUGGAGAAUGCUGAGAAAAGCACUUUUUCGACCAAUAUGUUAGCCGUUAAGAAGUCGGAGUUCUCAAUUCAGCUUAAUCGAAGGAACAAGUAUUUCCAUGAAGUUGAAAAGGUAUUAAAUAUGAAGUCAGAAAAGUUGGAAAAGAAGGACAAAAGAAAGGAAAUCAAAGCAAGAUGGUACUGAGAAUUAAUAAAUUCAAUUAUAUAGUAAGAGAAGUUGGUUUACUAUGACCUUUAUAUAUAUUUGACAUUCAAAAUUGUACAAAAUUAACACAUUUCAUAUUUUAAACAAAAUUUGUAAAGUUAUUAAAAAUUGUAUUAGUGGACCAACCAGAAAAGAACAUUUUAAAUAAUA